AUGGACAAGGAAUCUCUGAAAAAGAACCAACCCCAUGCGCUUCUGCAUAUAAUAUGCGCAUUAGGUGGCCAGUUUCAUGCAUUAUCUUAUAGCGAGACAGUCACCCCACUCCCAUCGAAAUUUGUGCUUAUGGCUGGGAGCGAAUGGGCAAAGAAAGCCCAAAGGCUCAUACUCGAGGCACUUGAUACGGUCACUAUUGAAAAGUUAAUGGCUGCUGUUCUACUUCAUGAUUACGCGGUCCGGAUGGCGAAUUUUGCAAAUGCCUUCAUGUUAAGUGGGCUCAUUACGCGAAUGACUCAAGCACUCCAAAUCAACCUGGAAUAUAAUACCGAUAUACUCUGUCAAAACACUGACGUUGGGCCGUCAGUUACAGCAAGAGAAUGCAGACGUCGCCUAAUGUGGAGCUGUUAUAUUAUGGAUGCCCUUGUCGGGAGUGGAGUUGACCAACUCACACUAGUUGAUGAGAAGGACAUGAAAAUACAACUACCUUGCAAUGAACGAAAUUUCAUUCAACAAAUUCCAUGUCUGACCGAGACUUUGGAGCCUGGCAAUUGGCUGAAAUUUAUCCCUGGUGAGCUUAACAGCGAUGCUCUGAUGCCCAACAUGGGUAUGAUGGCCCAUUUUAUUCGACAUAUCUCAAUUCGCAAAAGAGUCUUGAGGUACAUAAAACAUCUUGAUGAAGCAAUGGUCCCCUGGGCCCCUGGGUCUGAGUUUGCCGCUCUAGAUAGAGACUGCCGUGCCUGGUAUGAAAAUUUACCAGCAAGUCUACAAUUCACUCCAAAUGCGGUUUACAUCCGCAAAGACUCAUCCCAGCUCGGUGCUCUCUGUUUAUUGCAUUGCGCGCAUUAUCAAACAAUCUGCGAUCUGUACCGACUAGGGGCCCCGGCUCUUUACAAACUCCGAGCUGCAUUUGAUUUUCCUCCAGAGCAGCGUGCUUUUCUUCGGCAUUUGCAAGAAGUUCUGUUUGAUGCUGCGAGGGCCCUAGCCACAAUAAUUGGCGAAACAGCUCACCAUGGAACCAAGAUGCUGGCAGAUUCAUGGUUACCUACAAUCACUUACGAUAGUUGUCGAAUCAUGGUAUAUCACCUCACUCAAAUCCUGGAUCCUCGAGCGGAAGAAACAAAGAUUAUCACAUCCGACAGUCUGCCGCUUUUGAAAAGCAAUAUAGAUGCUUUGAAGGCGAUGGGAUCUCUCAAUGUCAUCGCAAACUCCUUGUGCACUGCAGCGGAGACUAUGUUUGAUCGAUCUGGUAUCGGAUCGGAUGUAGUGGCCCAUAACAGUAUUCCCGAUGAUCCAUACCAGACGGGCGAUGAAGAACCAACUGAAAGUCUCCCUGGCACACCAGUUCAAAGUGCGCCAGACUACGUCCUCAAUCCACUCUCUAUUUUCCGAAUGGCCCGCAAAUCGAUUCCAGAAAGACACGCUCCAGAAAAAGCGGCCACCUCAUCAGCACCUAAUAGUGCAGUGCCCGAGUCGAAUGCAGACCUUGAUAGCUCAAAUUGCGAUGCUGUCACCCAGGGUCCAGGCACGUCGACCUCUAUUAACGAUGUCGAGUUUGGCCAGGCAAGCCUUGAGGAGCUUCAAGCGCUUUUCAUGUCGGAUCUCGGGUGGACUUGGCAACCGGCGGACACUGCUGUAGGCUCUGGGAUCGAAAGGGCUGGUUUGUUGCCUUGGGCUGGAGGGUAUCCUGCUACCCAGGCGGAGCCUUGGCUACCCGUUUUUCCAUUUCCGCAACAACAUUGA